ACCAUCUUAAAAAAUAUUUAAUGUUCUUUUUUCUUGUUUGGUUUUUUUUGGCCAUGCCACGCAGCCUGCAGGAUCUUAGUUCCCCAACCAGGGAUUGAACCUGUGCCCCCUGCAGUGGAAACAUGGAGUCUUAACCACUGGACCACCAGGGGAGUCCCCCAAAAUAUUUACUAUUCUAACGUGGACCUAACGAACAUGACUGUUAAAGGGCAAAACCUCAUUAUUCCAUCUCCAGACUCGGAUGUGUUGUAUGUGCUUCUAGAACGUGCAGUUUUCUCUUCUGGCAUCUUGGGCUAUCCUAUUACUGACUUCCUUUGAACAAGAGGACAUGAAAUUAAACUGUGAUCCUUCUUUUGUUUUUUUAAAAACUAGAUACUAAUGGAAGAAAUUUUCACAUAUUGAGCCAGAAUGCCUCCCACUCAGGCUGAAAGUGUUAUAAAGAAUAUCAUUCGAGAAAUAGGACAAGAAUGUGCAGCCCAUGGAGAGAUUGUUUCUGAAACUCUGGUUGCUUUUAUGGUGAAAGCUGUUGUCCUGGACCCAAGUAAUGGCUUUAACACAGAUAGAACUCUCAUAAAAGGUGAUGUGCAGAAACUUGUAAAGCUUUGCGUGACUAGGCUAUUGGACAGUAAAAAUCCUUCCCUGGACACCAUUAAGAUGCAAGUCUAUUUUGAUAUGAAUUAUACAAGUCGAGAGGAAUUUCUCGAAGAACAUCACCGGGUUGUAGAGUCUAGAUUAAGCUCUGUUAGCAGAGAAAUUACAGAUAGUCGAGCAUGUGUUCGAGAAGAGCUGGAAAGCCUCUACCGCAAGAUUGUCAGCUACGUGUUACUGCGCUCUGGGCUGGGGUCCCCAACAGACAUCAAGACUGUCAGAGAGGCAACAGCUGCCCUACAGAGUGUUUUUCCUCAGGCUGAGCUUGGGACAUUUCUAACUCUUUCUAAGAAGGACAAAGAACGCCAGCUGAAAGAACUCACCAUGAUUGUUACUGGAAUUCGUUUAUUUAACCGAGACUGUGGAAAGGGAGGAGAAGGCAUUGAUGACUUGCCAGCUAUUCUACAGGAAGCAAUUCCAGCCACCACUCAGCAUAUUGAUUCCCAACUUGAGGUGGUCCAGGACCAGGCAUACCGCUACACAGCCAUCCUUGAGAAAGCAGUAAAGAACCCACUCUUGAGUCGAGAACUUCAGCCCUAUAUGUUAAAAGAAGCACUAUAUAACGUGCGACAAUAUGAGAUCUUCCUUCAGAUCAUUUUGUCGGAUAUAAUUACUUGUGCUCAAGAAGUGGAACUGAUGAUAAAGCAGUUAGGAGCCCAACUGGAACAAUUAAAAUUUACUGUAAAAUCAAAGACGGCUGUCCCAACAUCACAAGUCUUGCCCAUCUUCAUUGCCCUUUCCAAUCUGUGGACUAGCUUUCAGGAUGAAACUGUUUUGAUUAGCAUCCUCAGUAAUUUAACUACUCAUCUUGAGCCAUUUCUGGGGACUCAUGAACUGUUCUUUCCUGAGAAAAUGAUGCAAGCUCUUCUUGAUGGAGUGACUGUGAAAACUGAUGUGUGUAGAAUGAAAGAGCACAUUGAAGAGAGAGUAAAUCUGGCGGAUUUCAGAAAACUAGAAUGGCUUUUCCCAGAAACAACAGCCAAUUUUGAUAAAUUGUUGAUUCAGUAUCGGGGAUUUUGUGCUUACACAUUUGCUACAACAGAUGGUCUUCUUCUUCCAGGAAAUCCAGCAGUUGGAAUUUUGAAAUAUAAAGAAAAGUAUUACACUUUCAAUACCAGAGAUGCUGCAUAUUCAUUUGCAGAAAAUCCUGAAAAUUACAUCGAUAAAAUUAGAGAAAAAGCCAAAAAAAAUGCAGAAUUGAUUCAGCUACUGGAACUUCAUCAACAGUUUGAAACCCUUAUUCCAUAUUCUCAGAUGAAAGACGUUGACAAACAUAAUAUAAAACCAAUUGCAAGGUGUGAAAGUAGCACACAGACGGAUACACAUUUAUUGCCACCAACAAUUGUGAGAUCAUAUGAGUGGAAUGAAUGGGAAUUAAGAAGAAAAGCUAUAAAAUUGGCCAAUUUGCGUCGGAAAGUUACUCACUCGGUACAGACUGAUCUUAGUCACAUGAGAAGAGAAAAUUGUUCCCAGGUGUACCCUUCAAAGGAUGCUAGCACACAGUCAAUGAGGGAAGGUGGAAGCAGCCGAGUGCCCCGGCCCCAGAUUUAUAUAGCUGGUUUCCGCGGGGGCCAUACCAAGACCACCUAUGAAGUCAAGGUGAACUUAACUAGAGCCAUUGAUGAAACCUAGUUAGAGACCACACUUUUAAUGUAGAUACCACUAAAUUGUGAACAACGGCAAAUAUUUAAAAGUAUUUUUGCAUCCAUGAAAAUUAGCUAAUUUUGUGGGGCUGGCACGUUCAUUGGUGGUAUGAAUGUUUUUGGGUUCUCACCCAUAUGCACUGUCAAACUGCUACAACAAAUGAAAAAUUGUUUUCUGUAAUACAUUUUU